UUUACACGCUUGGGAAGGCGGUUCUAGACCGAGUCCCUCGCCUUCUUACAGCAGAUAUCGCUGGCCAAAUCCCUGGGUUCACAUGGGAGCCUUCUUGACCCAGAAGAGAAGUACUUUACUUGGCACGAGCUGCCCUACCUGGAUUUAGGGAUUGCACAUCCAGUUUCUCAGGGUGUGUCUGUCUGAGCAGCACUCCUUUAGCUGCUCUCUGUGUGGUCGAUCAUAUCCAGCCCCUGGAUGCCCUCUGCCCCAGUGGAACAAUAAAGGUUUCAAUAUUCAUUCCCUCUUUUUUCCAUGCUGUCAGUAGUGUAGUAGGGAAAAAGCCCACUUAGUAAACACCCAGAGAGUUUUAGAACAAGUGAUUUGGGAGCAUGAAACUAGAUACUUGGCAGUGUGGAAGUACCAGGGGCCUUUAGUGGACUGCUAUUACUUUGGAAAAAACAGGAUUUGAGAAGAUCUCUGUUGUGAUAAAGUUGUGGCAAAAAGGAAUUAUCUAUAGAGUAAGUAUGCUAAUAUUGAAUAAGACAGCAGGAGUUUUCUUUAAACCAUCAAAAAGGAAAAUUUAUGAAUAUUUAAGAAGUUUUAAUUUUCAUCCUGGAAAAGUAUUUCUUCAUAAACUAGUAUUGGGAAUUGAAACCAGUUGUGAUGAUACAGCAGCUGCUGUGGUGGAUGAAACUGGAAAUGUUUGGGGAGAAGCAAUACAUUCCCAAACUGAAGUUCAUUUGAAAACAGGUGGAAUUAUUCCUCCAGUAGCUCAACAGCUUCACAGAGAAAACAUUCAACGAAUAGUACAAGAAGCUCUCUCUGUCAGUAAAAUCAGUCCAAGUGAACUCUCAGCAAUUGCAACUACCAUAAAACCAGGACUUGCUUUAAGCUUGGGAGUGGGCUUAUCAUUUAGCUUACAGCUGGUUGAUCAAUUAAAAAAGCCCUUUAUUCCCAUUCAUCAUAUGGAAGCUCAUGCACUUACUAUUAGGUUGACAAAUAAAGUAGAAUUUCCUUUUUUAGUUCUUUUGAUUUCUGGAGGCCAUUGUCUGUUGGCUUUAGUUAGAGGAGUUUCAGAUUUUCUGCUUCUUGGAAAGUCUUUGGACAUAGCACCGGGUGACAUGCUUGACAAGGUAGCAAGAAGACUUUCCUUAAUAAAACAUCCAGAAUGCUCCACCAUGAGUGGGGGAAAGGCUAUAGAACAUUUGGCUAAACAAGGAAAUAAACUGCAUUUUGAUUUCAAACCUCCCAUGCAACGUGCUAAAAAUUGUGAUUUUUCUUUUUCUGGACUUCAACAUGUUGUAGAUAAGACAAUAACGCAAAAAGAAAAAGAGGAAGGUACAUUUAUAAUUAGUAAAGUUGGACAGAUAAAUAAUCCUGGGUUUUGCCUAAAAAUGCCUGUUUGUUCUGUAGGUAUUGAGAAGGGGCAACUUCUGUCUUCAGCAGCCGACAUUGCUGCUGCAGUGCAGCACACAACAGCUUGCCACAUUGCAAAAAGAACACAUCGUGCUAUUCUAUUUUGCAAGCAGAGAAACUUUUUAUCUGAAAGUAAUGCAGUAUUGGUUGUAUCUGGAGGAGUUGCAAGUAACUUAUAUAUCCGAAAAGCUCUGGAAAUUGUAACAAAUGCAACACAGUGCACCUUACUGUGUCCUCCUCCCAGACUGUGCACUGACAACGGCGUUAUGAUCGCAUGGAAUGGUAUUGAAAGAUUGCGUGCUGGCUUGGGCAUUUUAUACGACACAGAAGGCAUCCGUUAUGAACCGAAAUGUCCUCUAGGAGUAGAUAUAUCGAAAGAAGUUGGAGAAGCUGCCAUAAAAGUACCACCAUUGAAAAUGAAGAUUUGAUUUUUGCUUUUCAAAAAUCCCUGAAGGUAGUAUUUCAGCAGUUUUAAUUUUUUUGUAUAUCAGAUUGUAGAAGAUAUAUAAUAUGUUGAUGAACACUUUCUUUUGUUACUCCUCUUAUAUUUGAUGCUUAACCUGUUCUUCUGAGAGCCUGCAAUAAUAUGUUAUUGUCUUACAAGAGAAUAUAAAUUUUUAAAUCAAAAACCAAAGUAAAACAUCUUCUGGGGGAAAGGAUGUACUACUAUUGGCAGAUAGAAAAAACAAACCUGUAGGAAGAAAUACAGUGACUCUGCUAAAUUCUGGCCCCAUGUCAUACAGGCCGAGAUUGUCUUCCCCUUUUUCCUAUCAGAGUAGUAGAAGCUAUUUCUUUGGCUUCUGCUGAAAAUUAGCCUGACUUUUCCAUUGAGAGAACAGUGUUGGAAAAGGAGCCAGGUCAAAGUUGUGUCAAGUUGUAGAAUUCCAAAUCAAGACAAAAGGUGACAUUUAACAGAAUGUAUGUUAUAAAUUAUAAAAAAUUUAAAAAAUAUGUUACAUAGGUAUGUUCUCUGGAGCAAAUGGAAUGUCUAUACAUUUCUUAAAACCCACCUGGGAUUUUAAGAAUAAGAAAUGUGACAUGCAAGUAAUUUCUCAUCGUGUAUUGUACUUUUUAGUUGAUCACAUAUAUUCAUUAUUUUAGUAUAUUCAUUAUGUUAUUUAAUUGAUGCAAAUAGAUGAGAUGAAAAGGGUUUUGUUUUGUUUUUAGAUAAUUUCCCAGAAUCUGAAACUUUGUACUGCAGAUAUCAUAGUAGUUUAUCACUUUUUUCUGCCUGGAUUAAAGUAGGUUUGACUCUACGGACAGUGCCACAGACUAUAUAAUGUCCUUUGAGAGGAUUUACCAGUAGAGAUUUAUAGAAUGUCAUCCACACAGGACAAGCUAACUUUCUAGUCAGUGACUUGCAUUAUUAAGAAAUAGGAGAAAAGGAUGCAAAUCUAUAAUGAAAAGAUUUCUCAUUUUAAUCCUGCCUUCAGGUGACUAUCUUAUGAGAAAUUCCUUAAGUUAUUUUCUUUAGAAUUGUGAUCAUAGAGUAUUGCUUUAUGAUCAUCCAAUUUAUACUGGAAAUAGAAAACAUAAUUUAUAUGAAGGAACUUACAGAAACAGCCAAUUUAUAAAGCUUUGCAUUUAUUGAUGUUGAGGUAUAGGUUUGAUGGGAUUGGUUUACAGAUAUUAAAAAGAAACAAUUAGUGAAUUCACAUUUUGUAUUUGAAUUUGUGUUCUGUAUAAUGUGGAUCUUAAUUCAAAGAGAAGAAGUGGAGUCCUUUGCUGUGGCUAUUAGAAUCAGAGUGCAUAUAAAUUACGGAAGAAAAUUUACUAAAAAUUCUUACCACUAUCACAUAUUAUGAAAUAGGGAUAUCUAUAAACUAAGUUGUUAAAAUUGACCAAAAUUUCUCCCCACUAUCACAAUUAUAAAAUAGGGAUAUCUAUAAUAUAAAUGGUUAAAUUUACUAGCAUACAUGUCAAAUUUGGGUUCAUGAUUAAGUAAGAGAAACUAUAGAUAAAGAAAAUGAGCAAAUUCUGGAAGCAUUCAUAUCUUGAGCCCUUUCAGUACUUAGCCAUAGGAAAGAAGGAGAGAAGAAAGAAAGAUGGAAAGGAAAAGGAGAAACAUCAUGCUCUAUAUUGGCAAGGAUAUGUACCAAAUUUAGCUUAUAGUCAGGUAUGAAGCAAGCAGUUGCUGAAAAGUUUCUAUUUAGAGGCCUUUCUUAUCUUACACAUAAUUUUAAAAAACAAAAGGAAAAUGCAAUGUAAUAAAAAUAAUCUGUACAGGGAGGAAGGGGCUGUAUUUGACAGUAAUUUACAGAGAAAUACAAUAAGUAUUAGAAGUAAUAUGAUGGUAUGGCUAGGCCAAGGUACUCAGGUAAUGUCUAUGUUGUUGAAAACAAAGAAAUGCUGAUCCUUAUCUGGAAAUACUCUUAAAAUAUAGUUACAAAGCUAAAGUUUGCUAUCUAAAAUAAAGGCUUUUUAAAAAGUCUACAUAGGCUUAAUAUUUCCUUUGAUAUUCUUAUUUUUAAUGGUACUAAAUAAAUGACAUAGUUUCUUAUCAUUUGAAUUAUUUAUCCCUUUCUAGUAUAAAAUAAGCCAUUCCCCCACCACAAUUCCUGUAUUUUAGUCCAUCCACCAGAAAGCUGUGACUCAAAGCAAGUAAGAGAAAAUAGAAUUGUAUUUGAGGAUUAAAGAGGUCUCGUAUUGUGCAGUGGUUAAGAGCACAUGCUUUGGACUCUGGCACAUGGAAAAGUCUAAGUACAUGUAGCUGCUGUCAUCACCAUCAUUACUGUUGUGUUAAGGCAUGUUGGGGAAAAUAACCGUUCAUUAAUAGAUAUGUUCAGUGCAGCCCAGGAAGACGUAUGAAGACACUGAGCAAAGUGGAUAGAGAAAAAGGGGGCCUUUAAAGGAUACAGUGAAGCCCAACUUGCUUUCGUGUCACAUCUAUGUGCUGCUGUAAAAUGGGAGAAGCAGACAUACAACAAAACUACUACCUGCUGCAAACAGUUCUCUCUGGGCAGAGACACCAUGUAAUUCUAAGCACAGAGAAUAUCACCCUUUCCAGCUGUAAACCAGAGGUUCUCAAUAAGUAUGGAGAGUGGUCAGUGCUGUUUGCCACAUUUUUAGCCAUACUUUUGUACAUGAUGGUCAAUGAGUUCAGAUUU